ACGUGGGCACGUGAACUUCUGGACACGUGGAACGCCAGCAGGUCAGCCACGUAAGCAUCUGUUAAUGACAGGUCAUCACGACGGCAUGGUGAAAGAGGAGACGAGGCUGACAACCGUCAAGCCAGAGGUGGACUCGAACCACUGACACAAGGAUUAGAUAAAGACGUCAACACGAUGACGGGCGGCAAUCGCAGACGAGAGGAGGCGGAGAUCGGUUCGAUCACCAUCUGAAGAUGGCUAUGGCGCCGCCGGCUAUGGCAGUCGCAAGAGAUCUGCACGGAGAAGAGCACAUGGCGCUCCCAUGUAGUAAUUCCAUCUUGGGAAAUGCGGAGUAAAGCCGGGGCCAUUUCAUGUUCAUGUUUGGUGUCUCUCACACAAUACGCUCAUCCAGUUUAUGAUUUCGACGAUCGUGACAAAAAAGGGCCAAUGCCAAUGACAUGGCAUUUGGACACAGAGCCAUGUCGGCUAUGGUAGCCCGACACAGCUGCAGGCUCCAGCAGCAGCUGGUCUCUGUUGCUACCGCGGCAUUCAUCGAGCGAGUGUGGUUGGCUGCUGCUGCCCCUCUGCCGUAAGAAGAAGAAGGAAAAAAAAGCGCGAGAUGGCUGCCACGUGUCGGACGCCCGCUGCAUCUGAUGUCUGUGGCGGACGGAUACCAGUUAAUCGGGAGUCUGGACAGCGAUCGGGAUCGCGUCAGGAAGGUUGUACGUUCACGGGAUGUGUGCCGGGAUCGCGUCCUCGUUGCGGCCGUCAAGAAGAAGGAGACUGGAGACGGGGAGCAAUCGGGAUCGCGUCGUCAGAGAAACCAUCCCGGCAGAGACGCACGGUGAUGACCCCUGCCGCAAGAAUCACGGCACAUUGUCGUCGCUGCUUCGCCCAACGGGAGCUGGAUGUCAGCCGUCGCAGGAGGGCGACCCGGAUCUCUUCGGUGUCCCGACCGGGACUGGAGGAAAACGAUCGCGACCUUAUCCACAACCUUAUCCAUACCGUAAUUAGCGGUCCACGUCGGGACGGAAGAAGAUCUCUGACACGUGAUGAGACAGUCACGCACCGCCACCUCCAUUCCGUUUGCCAUGAGAGGGAGAACGAGAGGGUUGGGAUGGGUAGGAGCAGUCUGUGCUACGGCCUCAGGGAGGGAGAGAGACAGAGGGUUGUGGAAAAGAGCACAGAGACAAGGCAAAUUCUGCGAGCAUUGCCCUCAUCGCCCUCAACGCCCUCAACGCCCUCAACGCCCUCAUCGCCCACAUCGCCCACAUCGCCCAUGACUGGCGGUAAUGACAAUACAAUCGAGUACGUCGGUUCCAAGCAGCGCCAGCAGCUGGAAUUGGUGCGUGUGGAGGAAUCGGGAUCGAGAUCGGGAUUGAGAUCGGGAUCGAGAUCGGGAUCGUCUCGUACCUCAUCCACUGGAGUCGAACGGGCACGACGACGGCUGAUGCAGAUCGUAAGGGAAAAUCCCCAAAACGGAAAGGCUUGGUUUGACUGGGCGAUGCUGGAGCAGCGGCAGGGAAAUCACGACAAAGCUCGGUCUCUGUUCGCCCAAGGAGCAUCUGCGGACCCCUUUUCCGUGCAAAACUGGCAGGCAUGGGCUGUGUUCGAAUCGAAAUUUGGAGACGAGGAAGAUGCAAGAAAGCUCUUUUCACAUGCCACGUCAAUCUGCCAAGACGAUAUCCCUUCAUGGGUGGCAUGGGCUCUAUUCGAAUGUAGCUGUGGUAAUGUGGACAGAGCAAGGGAACUCUUCACCCUGGGAUGCAAUGGCAGCCUUGAAAAUGCCGCAGAUUCGUUGCUGGCGUGCCACAUCAGCAGUGCCACGUCAGCAACAGUGCUACAUCAGCAACAGUGCCACGUCAGCAACAGUGCCACAUCAGCAGUGCCACGUCAACAACAGUGCCACGUCAUCAGCAGUGCCACAUCAGCAGUAACAGUGCCACAUCAGCAAUGCCACGUCAGCAACAGUGCCACAUCAGCAGCAGUGCCACGUCAACAGUGCCCCGCCACCAUGACGGGCGCAGCUCUGGGCAUGCCAGGCCAACUGGCCAACGAGUCUAUUGCCGACUACAAACAGCGGUUCCAGACUCAGCUCGCACUGAUCGAGGCUGAGGAACAGCGCCAGCUGGCAGCCGAGGCUGCCCGCCUACAGGCUGAAGCAGCGGCAACAACUGAGAAGCAGCGGCUUCAGGCCGAAGUAGAUGCAGAUACCCAGGCACGCCGAAAGGAAGCCCAGGAUCUGCUGCAGCGGCAUGAAGCCGCCAGCAUCGAAAGACUCAAGUAUUGGCACUUUGAACCAUCUGAAGGGCACGACGACGCGACAUCGGAAGAGCAGCAUAGGGAAUUCAUGGCCAAACUCGUGACUCGGUUGGUUUACACUUGUAACCACUUGCAGUCCGAGCUGGCGAAUAUGCAGCGGGCCAUGCGGAACCACAAGGCUCAGCAUGAGGAUGCAUCACGGGCACUCGAUUCCCGUAUGCAGGACUUGGAGCAAGCCGCACCAAGACCGGAGGCUGGCGAGUCCAGCAGUGCAUGUCGCCCGCACGGAGUAGUACCGGAUCGGCCCAUCCGCCACGAGAUCAUUCUCGAGGACGGGGCCGUACCUCUGCGCGGUUGCAUCUACCGAAUGAGCGAGGAAGAGUUAAGUGUGCUUCGGGCACAACUCGACGACCUUCUGGAGAAAGGCUGGAUUCGGCCUAGCUCAUUGCCAUACAGUGCUCCUGUUCUCUUCGUCCGGAAGAAGAACAAGGAUUUGCGGUUGUGCAUCGAUUAUCGCAAGCUCAACGUGCAAACGAUCAGAAACGUCGGCCCUCUCCCACGCAUCGAUGACCUUCUCGAACGACUGGGCGGCGCCAAAUUCUUCUCCAAGCUGGACCUCAAGGCGGGAUAUCACCAACUCGAGAUUCGGAAGGAGGACCGCUACAAAACCGCGUUUAAGACGCGAUAUGGGCAUUUCGAAUGGCUGGUUAUGCCUUUUGGCCUUACGAAUGCCCCGACCACCUUCCAAGCGGCUAUGACAACGGAGUUCCGACACUUGCUGGAUCGAUUCGUACUUAUCUACCUCAACGACAUCUUGGUGUACAGCCGGAGUUUGGACGAGCAUGUGGAACACCUGCGCACCGUUUUGGAGCGGCUACGACAAGCCAAGUACAAAGCCAACCGCGACAAAUGCGAAUUCGCGCGGCAGGAGCUGGAGUACUUGGGACAUUAUGUGACGCCGCAAGGCAUCUGUCCGCUUGCGAACAAGAUCGAGGCCCUCCGCGUAUGGCCCGAGCAUACCAACACCACGGACGUUCGUUCAUUCAUGGGGUUGGCAGGCUACUAUCAGCGAUUCAUCACCGGAUACUCAAGGAUUGCUGCAUCUAUGACGAGAUUACAAUCGCCAAAGGUGCCAUUCGUAUUCGAUGACGACGCACGCCGGUCAUUCCAAGCACUGAAGACGGCCAUGCUCAUGGCACCUGUCCUUAGCAUCUAUGACCCCACCCUGCCUACGAGAGUGACAACUAACGCUUCCGGCUAUGGCAUUGGGGCAGUCUUGGAACAACACGACGGCGACGACUGGCACCCUGUGGAGUAUUUCAGCCACAAAGUGCCUCCCAUCAACUCGCUUGAUGAUGCAAGGAAGAAGGAGCUGCUCGCGUUCGUUACGGACAACAACCCCCUGACUUACUACAAGACGCAGGAUACGGUGAGCAGCACGAUUGGACGAUGGAUGUACUUCAUCGACCAAUUUGACUUCACACCGAAACAUCUUCCCGGCCUCUCCAAUCGCGCAGCAGAUGCACUCUCGCGAAGACCUGAUCUUUGCGCUAUGACACAUCAUGCCUUCGCAUUCGACGAGGAACUUCAGCGACACUUCAUCYGGGGAUAUGAGUCGGAUCCGGACUUCGCCACGUUGUAUGCGCAAUUAUCUUCGGAUCACCCGCCGGUCAACCACUAUCGCAUUGCCGACGGGUACUUGCUCCUCCACUCGAGAGGCAAGGACUUAUUGUGUGUCCCACGAGACCGUCGUCUUCGGACUCGCCUUCUUGGCGAGUACCAUGACUCGCGACUCGCCGGCCAUUUCAGAGUCAACCGCACCAUUGCACGACUUCGACAACGAUUCCGAUGGUCCGACCUCAUUACCGAUGUCACUCAGUAUUGCGACUCUUGCGAAGUUUGCCGACGAAGCAAGCCCCGCAAUCGCAACCCCUACGGCGAGUUGCGCCCGAUGCCUAUCCCACGGGAACCCGGCCUCUCCAUUGCCAUGGAUGUCAACGGACCAUUUCCCCGCGAUCGCCUUGGGCACGACGGCAUCCUCACGGUUGUGGACCGUUUGAGUAAGUAUGAGCGUUUUCUCCCUUGCAAGUACUACUCCAUGGCUCCCGAGCUGGCACGCCUCUUGCACACCGGUUGGAUUUGUGGCCACGGUGUAGUGGAAGACAUAGUCAGCGACCGCGACACUCGCUUCAUGUCGGCAUUUUGGACUGCUCUCAUGCAGGAGUCCGGCACGAAGAUGAAACCAAGUUCGACUCGGCAUUCACAGACGGACGGGCAAACGGAGCGGGCACAUCAAACUCCUCAAAUGAUGCUUCGUACGCUCAUCCGUCCGGACCAGAAAGAUUGGGUUGACCGCCUCCCCGACAUCGAGUUCGCCUACAACACUUCGGUGCACCCGGCGAUCGGCGUGACUCCAUUCGAGUUGCACCACGGUGGACGGAAAGGCUGUAUCUUCGCCGACCUUCUCCUCCCACGACCAGCCGACAUCGACGCCGCUUGCUUUCCCACUUCCGUCUGGAAGUACAGGGAAUUGCUGGCUCAAGCCCGCGCGAACAUGCAAAAGGCUCAAGUCCGCAUGCAGCAGCAAGCCAACAGGCGUUGCGUGCCAUGUCCCAUCCGCGCCGAUGAUCUGGUUUGGGUCUCCGUGGAAGAGUUUGCACAGGAACAGGAUGUUUCACGCAAACUGCUUCCCAAGUGGUUUGGACCAUGGCCCGUAACAUCAGUCGCGGGCGAUGAGCCCGAUGACCCUUCAUUUGUGAUCAACAUCCCGGCGCAUCUGACCGGUUAUCCAGUCUUUCACGCCUCGAAGCUGGCAACAUUUACACCAGCUAAGAGCGACGACUUCCCAGGCCGACGAUCGCAGGACCCUCCAUCUAUGGAUGGUCAUCAGGAGGUUGACCGCGUCAUCACGGAUCGCAAGUACGGCAACAAGCCUCGACAGUACAAAGUUACAUUCAGAGCAUGCGAUCCCGACGACACUCGGUGGAUUUCAGGAACAGAUUUGAAAUCAUCCGCACCGCUGAUCUACGCUCACUACGAGCGACAAAGGUUAGCUCAGGGACCUUCACGACCUGCCCCUCCCACCCGGACUGUGGUCCCUCCCUCAGACAAACAGCUUCGCCCUCACAGGUGUAGGACUCACCCAGCAGCAAACGGUGGAGUAGGCAUGACGCGGCCGAGGAAGAAGAAGGUGGUCCUGGCUAUGGUGGGAGCUGUCCUGGCUAUUGAGGGGAACAUUGCUAGGGUAUGCCAAGGCACCUGCAAUCAGUUUCCCCAUCUGAAUGAUACGGCCUACCUAGUAAUUAUGCGCUUUUAUGAUGUGCAGGCAUGGGGCAGGAUGGAGCAAGAGGAAUUCAACUUUGAGAGGGCUCGUUUGCUGUUCUCUAGAGCCAUUGAGUCCAAUCCUCAGAACUCGGGUGCGUGGCUGCAGUUGGGUCUUUUGGAGAGGGAAAGAGGUAAUGACAAGGCAGCAAGGAAGGUGCUUAUGGAAGGGCUUGCUGCCAACCCAGGCAACAAACAUCUUAGCCAUUCCCUGGCACUGCUUGAACAGGACAAUGGCAACUACAAUGUUGCAUGGCGAGUUCUGACAAAGGCGCUCACGAAGAACCCUCGAGACUCGUGUUUAUGGAGAGGCCUCGCCCAUGUCGAGCUGCACCGUGGCAGAGAACACAAGGCAAAAGAAUGUUUUCGGAAGGGAGCAAAAUUGGGGAGCAAACGUUGUUUCGCCGAACUGAUUGAGCUGGAGACAAAGAGAGAGGAAAGCCAUGAUCAGCACGAAAAGCAGCCGGCCAGUCCAGUCAUUAACCCGCGCAUGAAGAGUUGACUGCUGGGGGAGAAUGGUCCUCGCUCCACUACUCUGACAUGCACAAAAGACAAAAUUACGGCUGUGUAACUGCGCAUGGCACAUUUUUUUGCACAUUUGGUAAAAACUAAAUAGUGCAGUGAGGUUCGAUACCCCACUCACGCACCAUUGCCGCACACUUCCGGUCUACUUGCUUGCUCAGCAAAUCACGGGUGGGAACAGCUCAGCCAAAUGGUAUCUGAGGUGAACAGAACUACUCUUAUCUGGCUAUACUUUGCUGGAGCUCACUCUGCUUUUCUUGUGUAGAAGGUGUAAAAAAAAAUUGUAUGAAAUAGGGCAGGCCAGGUCGUGUUGUCCUUGGACAAUUAUAGCCCAGUGCUAAAUGUUUUAGUAUCAUUCUAUCACCCCUUCUCAGUCAACCAGCUUAGCUGCUUGAUUGUUUUCGCUAAAAAACCGUUGUCUUUAGGAGUUGCCUGUCCUCUUGAGAGUUACAUAAGCCCUUGUAACUUGACGUCAACAGCAGAGUUGUGUCAAGUUUUGUGCCAUGUUCAUUUUAUGUAUACAAGUGAACCAACCGCGGUGAAGCUGCGGCCCAGCGCCAGCCCCACCCCAGGCACGACCAUUAUCUGGCUGGGGUGACAUUGAGGGUGUUUUCUUUCCCUUUUUUUUUCUUGGGGGGGGGGGGGGGGGGGUGGUGUUUGUUUUCGAACGUGAGGGACGCUCAGCAUUCGGGGGGCCGUCGGCCAAGGCAUCACCACGCCGUCGGAUCCCUUGUAAAUCAGUACUAUUUUAUUGUGGUAACCACUGAAUUCAAACUCCCGUCUUUAAUUCAAUAGUUUCAUGUCUGCAUCAACUGAGCAGCCUGACAGUGUGGGAAGAGAGAGAGAGAGAGAGAGAGAGAGAGAGAGAGAGAGAGAGAGAGNAGAGAGAGAGAGAGAGAGAGAGAGAGAGAGAGAGAGAGAGAGAGAGAGAGAGAGAGAGAGAGAGAGAGGCCGAACAGAGAUGGGCUGCACAGAGGUCGCUUUCUUUAUCAGGUCAACCAGCGUCCAAGCAUACCGCUAGCGAUAGAUAGAAUGUCCAAUCUUUUGUCCAUUAAUAAUAACAAACUCUUUUGUUUUUCUAAGCACAGCGUAAGCAAAUUCCACUGUGUCAAGCACGCCGAUGGGCGACCAUCUUGCACUGUUCAGAGAGCACUUGUUACGGCUGAACAGAACGUUUUACUACGGUCUAUCAGUUAAACUCUUGACUCGAUUUAUUAUUAUGGAGAAUUAUUGUAUCAAGAUUUGAAUAUUCGAGAACACUUUUGCAAAAUGAGAACGAAUCUUCUGCUAGAACAUGGAAAGAUACACCACCGGAAUACUUUUGCAAAAUGAGAACGAAUCUUCUGCUAGAACAUGGAAAGAUACACCACCGUAUUUUUUGUCUUUUGUGCAUCCACUGAGUGGUGGACUAAGGCAAGGAGAAACAACACGUGCAAGGCGAAGAGGGGUGAGAGCCUAUCACAACAACAAAAAAGAAAACACGCACAAAAGAAAUAGGAUACAAUACUGAAGAAAGCGAAUGAAUCUGUCGUCCCCCU